AUGUCCUCCAAAGCAUCUUUUAUCGCUCUCGCUCUCGCGAUUGUUACGUCUGCCAGUCCCGUCGUCCAAGACACUGGCACGCGGAUACCUAUACACAAGCGCAAUACUUUGACGAAAGAGGACGGCACCUUUGAUCAUGAGUCGGCUAUUCAGCAGUCGAUCCGAACGCACAAUAAACAUCGUCAGAACUUGAUUAACCUUGAACGCAACGAAGGGCUGAGUGCAUUCAAUGAAGGUGCCGAGAUCCAACCUUUCCGGGAAUAUCCUCACCACGAGAAGCGGCAGAAAGAACCGCUCAUAGAUGAAUCCAAUGACCUUGAUUGGGCUGGCCUCAUCUCCAUUGGAACACCUGGACAGACGUUCACAAUAGACUUUGACACUGGCUCUUCGGAUUUGUGGGUGCCAUCUUCCAACUGCACGAGCACAGUCUGUAGUACGAAGAACAAGUACAAUGCGGCUUUGUCCACGACGAGUGUACACAAAAGCGGGACAUUUUCCAUUGGGUAUGCCGAUGGGUCUACAGUCUCUGGACCUGUCUUUACGGAUACAGUCACUGUCGCCGGCAUAAAAGCCACUGGCCAAUAUUUUUCACCAGUAACCACACUGUCCAACAGCUUUUCGUCUAACCCUAUCGACGGAAUUUUGGGUAUGGCAUACCCUUCGAUAUCGAGCUUGCGCCAGAGUCCUUUCUUCAACACUGCUAAGAGCCAGGGCAGUGUGACAACCGGUGUCUUCGGCUUCAAGCUUGCGCAAGUCGGUUCAGAGCUUUAUCUCGGCGGCACCGACACUAGCCUCUACAGCGGCACACCCGAGUACCACACUGUCACGGGCUCUGGCUUCUGGCAGAUCUCCGGUGCCAAGAUCCUCCUCGGAACGAAGGCUAUUGUUUCCAACUUCCAGACGAUUAUCGACUCCGGAACGACGAUCAUGUACGGGCCGCCGGGCGCAGUGCAGACGUUCUACAAAAGUGUGCCUGGCUCCUCGGUUUACGAUUCCACCUACGGGUAUUAUCAGUUCCCUUGCACCGCUACGCCCAGUGUCUCCUUCAGCUGGGGCGGAAAGAGCUGGACUAUCAGCGCCGCCAAUUUUAAUCUUGGACAGACACAUACUGGAUCGACGCAGUGUGUCGGUGCGCUGAGCGGUCAGAAUCUGGGAUUGGGCAAUAACGUGUGGCUGCUCGGUGAUAGCUUCAUGAAGAAUGUGUAUACCGCGUUCUCUUUCGAUAAGGCGGCUGUCGGUUUUGCGACCUUGAAGUAA